AUGAGACAUAUUCGCCAUGUUUUUGACCUCUUAGCAACCAUAAACAUUCCAAAGUAUGCCACUCUUCGGGAAACCGAAAAGUCCUCUGGCAGUUUCAAAACUGAUAAAGAACGGAAGAAAGCUGUAGAAGAAAUCGCAAGAGCUUUGACCACUCUCCGGGAGCUGCUGACCGAUAAGUCGGACACGCGACUGACUGGUAAAGAACGGGAUGCGGAAUUUUCUAAUUCUGAACGAGCACGAAUUAAUGAAAUCAUCACGGACGUAACGCAUGAAAUUAUAAAUCUCAAUCUUCUACCACUGCUUGUGAAUAAUUUGGAUGCUAUCGAAUUUGAGAGUUCUAAACAUAUCGUUGAUCUAUUCGGUCAUAUUAUGCGACGGCAGGUAGGAUCAUACAAUCCAGCCGCUCAAUAUCUUUUAUCCAACCCUCAAAUAUUAAUAUUAUUACUCCAAGGAUAUUCGAGACCUGAUAGUGCCAUACACUAUGGAGCAAUGCUCCGGGAUGCAUGUCGACAUGAGGCCUUGGCCAAGGUUGUCCUUCGGUCACAAGAGUUUUAUCAGUUAUUCGAACACGUACAAGGCACAGCAUUUGACGUAAGCUCAGAUGCAUUCGCAACGUUAAAAGAUUUACUAACACGUCACAAAGCUCUCGUAGCAGAUUUUCUAACAGCGAAUUACGAUAACUUUUUCGAUCAUUAUAUGCACAUGAUCUUGUCAGAUAAUUACGUUACAAAACGACAAGCACUGAAGUUGUUAGGAGAACUUCUUCUUGAUCGGCAUAAUAUCUCAAUAAUGACAAGGUAUAUUGCCGACCCAGAAAACCUUAAGGUGAUCAUGAAUAUGUUGAAAAGCAAGGAGAAACAAAUCGCAUUUGAAGCGUUUCAUUGUUUUAAGGUUUUUGUCGCAAAUCCAAACAAACCACCGGCUGUUCAUAUGAUUUUAUUUCGUAAUCAGGAGAAGUUACUCUCUUUCUUGACUAACUUUCAAACGGAGCGUACAGACGAUGGCCAAUUCAACGAUGAGAAACAAUAUUUGAUUAAACAAAUUAGAGAGUUAAAACCAAUAUCAGUUCCAUCUAAUCCUAGUGCCACACAGUUAAGCACAGCUGCACGCACAAAUUAGCU